AUGUCGAAACGAACUGGAGGAACAGCCAAAGGGGAUGUCAAGGUCAACGAGAUUGCAGCAACCUCUGAGGUAACUCGUCUCCUUGCCGAAGACAAAGUCCCCUGGUAUCGCAAGAAGAAUCUGCGUCGUCUCUACAUGUUUCUCAUGCCAUCUGCCCUCGGCGUCGAAAUCACGACAGGCAACGUACUGAACGGCCUGCAAGCCGUCGACAAAUGGCAAGAGCACUUCAACCACCCCACCAGCGCAAUGCUGGGCCUCGUGUCCGCCGCAAUAUCUAUUGGAUCUGUCGCUGCAGUCCCCUUUAUCCCACUUUGCAAUGAUCGAUGGGGCCGGAAGUUCAGUGUAAUUUUCGGAUCCCUCAUCGUCGUCAUCGGAGUGAUUAUCCAAACAGCUGCAGCGAAUGUCGGGAUGCUGAUCGCGUCGCGCAUUAUUAUCGGAUUCGGACUUGCUCUUGCGCUUUCCGGCGCGGCACAACUGUUGACAGAGCUCUGUUACCCCAAGGAACGCGCAAUUAUGGUGGGGUGUUUUCAGAUCUCCUGGUACAUCGGCUCUGUCCUGGCGGCGGGGACAACGCUGGGGACGUUCAACUGGCCUAAUCAGUGGAGUUGGAGACUUCCAACAUUGUUCCAGAUCUUGCCGUCGAUCCUUCAAAUAGCAUUUAUUUGGUUCGUUCCGGAAUCCCCCCGCUGGCUCAUCUCCCGCGACCGCCACGACGAGGCUCUGUCGAUCUUGAGAACCUACCACGGUGAAGGCGAUGAGACCUCAGCCUUUGUGGCAGCCGAGUUCCUCCAGAUCCGCGAGACCCUGCGGCAGGAAAAAGAAGCCUCUUCCUCCCCCUGGCGCGAACUCAUCAGCACAAAGACCAAUCUCCGCCGUGUCACAGUCGCCUUCUGCGUUGGCCUCUUCUCGCAAUGGGCUGGCAAUGGCCUGGUCAGCUACUACCUGGCCAAGGUUCUCUCGACAAUCGGAAUCAAGGAGCGCCUGACCCAACAGCAGAUCAACGUCGGGCUCAGCUGCUGGAACCUCGUCACCGGCGCCGCUGCCGCAAGUCUAGGCACCAAUUACCUCCCGCGCCGAACCCAACUCCUCACCGGCUUUGGCAGCAUGUGCAUCAUCUUUUCCUGCUGGACAGCCGCCUCGGCCGUCUUUACAAACUCUACAGACGCCAACGGCGAAAACGGGAACAACUCCGCCGCGACGGCCGUUGUCGCGUUGAUCUUCAUCUACUACGCCUUCUACAACCUCAUGAUGCCGCUGCAGUAUCUGUACGUGAGCGAGGUGUUCCCCUUCCUGCAGCGAUCCAAGGGAAUUGCAAUCAUGCAGUUGUCAAACAAGGGCGGGACCGGGUUCAAUCAGUUUGUCAACCCGAUUGGGCUGGAGGAUCUGGGAUGGCGGUAUUAUCUGGUUUAUGUGGUGAUCCUUGCGGCAGAAACAGGGGUUAUCUGGCUGCUGUAUCCGGAGACGAGGGGUGUUUCGUUGGAAGAGGUUGCGGUUGUUAUGGAGGGAGAUGAUGCGCGGGUGGAGAGGGUUGAGGGGAAGAGGGUCGACGAUGUUUAG